GUUAAAUUUAGUCACUUCUUAAAGUUCUAGAAAUUCGGUUGUUUAAGUUUAUCUAGCCAGCAACCAUGAAAGCUUUUCUACUGGCUUUAGGCAUUUUUCUGGGAAUGCUGUUGAUGACAAAAUGCAAAGUCUUAAAACUAAAUCUGAACUCGCCAAAAGACGUCUGUCGUUUAUUCCCAAACAAUGCAAUACUGCGUAAACCCGGUUCCUGUACGGAAACCAUAAAAUGUCAGAAUGGUAAAAGUAUGCCGCACUCUGUUACCUGUAUUAAUAAUCAAAUUGUUCAAUUGGAUAAAAUGACUUGUGCCAAUGAUAAUAAGAAAAGUCCCGAUAAGUAUUGCCAAAUUGCUUGCAAAAUCGCCAGUCCUAAAUGGAUUGAAGAUACAAAAAAUUGUAGGGAAUGGCACGAAUGUGAUCGGGCAAAAUACGUUAAAUCAGGUGUUUGUCCGGUGGGACAAAUUUUCAAUCAAAACGAACAAAGCUGUGAUUACAAUGAUGGUAAAUGUGAUAAACAAUAUGAUAUAUGUAAUGUCGCCAAAACAAAUCAGGAAUUCUGGGAUGAAGACAAUUGUCACAAAUACUACUAUUGUAGUUCGAAAAGGGAAUUAAAAGAAAAGCCAUGCCCAAUAGCAAAUUACUAUGAUGUACGCUCGGGAGAGUGUAUUAAAAAGGCCAAGGUUGAUUGCUAUAAACAUCCGCUGCCUCAUGAUGUCUGUGGUAAUCAAAAAUUGGCCAUACGUAAUCGUUUCGUAAAUGAUCAGGCCACCUGUCGCGGCUACUUCUAUUGCAAAGAUUUAGGUAAAAACCAAACUUCAACAUUGUCCUGGAAUUAUGAGCCAGAUGUAAAUCCGGAUUGGGGUCAAUGUCCGAUAGGAUAUUUUUUCGAUGAGAACAGCGAAUAUUGUCGCGAUCAAAAUGAUAUUAAAUGCGACGAAGAUCGCUGUGAUAGUCGUAACAGCGGCGUAGUGUUGAGUGAAAAGCCUGGCUGUCAACAUUAUUUGGUAUGUAAAGAUGGCUAUACGGACGGCGAAUUUCAGUGUCCAGAUAAUAAAUAUUUCGAUCCAAUUAAUGAAAAGUGUGUGGAAAAUGUAAUAUCGUAUCCGAUUUGUGCUUGAAACUCAUUUCAUAAAUAAAUUA